GUUGUUAUCAAGCAGUGAACUCCUGAGUAGGCUGGCUAGGGUCGAAGUGACUUGCAAAUCGGUUAAUCGUUUGUAGAUUUUUUGCACAGUUUAAAUACGAGAUCAGGAGAAUAUAAACAAUCAUGACGAAGGUCGUUUACCACUACUACCGGGAGAAGGCUAUGGGGGAAGCGAACCGCCUGCUCAUGGCGUAUGGUGGCCAGGAGUUCGAAGACCAUCGGAUUUCUGAUGAGGACUGGCCUGCAUUUAAGCCUAACACCCCAUUCGGCCAGAUGCCCGUGUUGGAGCUGAACGGCAAGAAGUACGCGAAGACAUCAGCCAUAUCGCGGUACUUCGGCCGCAAGUACGGGCUGGUCGGAGACACCCCCGAGGAUGCUAUGGAGAUCGACCAGAACAUCGACUGCUUGAAUGAACUAAGAGACAAAGCGCUGUCGGUGGCAUAUGAGCCUGACAAGGAGUUACAGGAGAGAAGGCAUGCUGAGUACAGUAAUACAGUCUACCCGCAAUACUUGGAGAAACUCAGCAGUAUCAUCACUGAGAACAACGGUCAUAUCGCACUCGGAAAGUUAACCUGGGGAGAUUUCGUGGUAGCAGGUCUGAUAGACUACCUGAAGCGUAUGAUGCGGAUGCCUGACCUCAUUGAGAAGUACCCUGCCUUCCAGACAGUGGUCGACAAGGUGUAUGCCAUCCCUCAAGUAAAGGCCUACGCUGAUGCUGCACCUAAGAUGACCUGGUGACCUUGGACCCUGGAUGUUUAGUGAUUAAGUGAUUCAUUAAGUACGUA